AUGUCAGAUUUUAGCCAAGUAAGAGAAAUCAGAUUGGAGCCAGAUUUUGAUAUCAUCAUUGGUAGAGCUUCCACUAGAGACCCUGCCAGAACUCCAUCUAAUGAUAAUUUAUGGUUUUUCAACAGCCAGUUAUCAAAAUGUCAUGCUUAUCUUCAAAAUGAAGAUGGUAAAUUAUCACUUUAUGAUUUCAAUUCAAGUUUUGGAACCGUUUUGAAUAAUAAGGUCUUAAAACCUUCUCAUGUUGUGGAGGUCAAAGAUGGUGAUGUCGUAUCUUUUAUAAUGGUUAAGUCUUAUAAUUCCAUCAAAAAGAUUUUUGAUAGUUGCAAUACACCAAUGAUUGAUUUGAAAACUUUCGGUAAUCCAAGAUUAAUGAUGAGUUUCAAAAUUGAAGUUGAAAAAGCUAAUGUGGAUUAUUUGGUUAAUUUUCAUCCAUUAGAAGUUCCUGAUGCUGUUUCCUUAGAUAGUGAUGAUGAAUCUUAUGAAAUUGAAGAUCUCGAAUCAGAUUUAGAACCUCAACAAACUGUUGAAAAAGCGGAUAUCUAUACUUUAUUAGAACCUAUUUCUUCGGACUCCGAAUGUGAUGAUUCUUAUAUAUUAUCAGAUAGAAAUGAUUGUGAAGAUCAAUUUUCAGAUGAAAACGUUGAAGAUGAUGAUUUCAUUGAAGUUCAAAAAACUAAAUCAGCAAACUGUGGUAAUUUGGAUAAGGAUUUUGAGGCACAAAAAUCAUCGGCUUUAAAAGAAUACUUCGAUUAUAUCAGAGGAACCAACCCAACUUUGAUCCUUGAAGAUGAACCUGAAGAAGAAAGUGAACAAGAGAUUUAUGUUGAAGAAAUUGAACACGAUGAGGAGGCUGAAGAAAGUGAACACGAUGAGGAGGCUGAAAGUGGAGACGAGGUAGAAUACGUUUGUUACGAUAAUGAUUGUGGUGACAACAUGGAUUGUCAAUGUGAGGAUGAAUCUGAUUAUGAUCUCGAAUCUGAUGAUUCAGUUUUAGCGGAUUAUAUCUAUUCCAGAGCCCAAUGGAUGGAAAAACCUCCUUCUAAAGCCAAAUCUUUCUUCAAAGAAUUCGGUAAAGCCAUUGGCUAUUCAGUCUUAACUAUUAUUGCUUUAGGUAUAUAUGGUGGUUAUUCCGAAGCCAACUCAUCUUAG